GGAGUAGCCGCGGGUUCCCCCAGCCCCGGAGCCAAGGCUGUCUGGUUGUUACUUGUUUUCUUUCGUAGACGGAAGUGACCUUAGAAUCACGUGGGGCGGCAGCUAGGGAAACUGAGGCCAGGCAGAGUACUCAGGCGUCUCGAGCCUCCCAGCUCAGAGCUCCAAGUCCUUAGAGAUCACCCAGCCCCUCCCCUGAUAAGCGAGGACUCUGCUCUAGUGCGGGGAGGAGGAGAAGGGACUUCCCUGAGGUCAGCUGGGGUCACAGGGCUUCCCCUGGUCCAGUGCAGGCCCUGCGAGCACCAGCACACACCAGUGGGGAAGGCCUCAGGGACCCCUCACUCCCUCUCCUUACAGCCUCCCGACUCACAGCAGACACUCAAAUUGAGGGAGGUUGGGAAUAAGUUCUAGAGAAAAACUCAAGCCCACGGUAUUGCAGGCGGGCUAUGUCUCCAACAGCCACUGUUUUUAACAGAGGGAAGAAUUUCUGUUACAAUCUUUAGAGUGGAUUUUGCAGCUAGAUAAACUGAGGCUGGGAGAGAUGUGAUUUCCCCAAGACCAUACUGCAAGGAAGGAGAACAGGAUAAGAACCUGCGUUACCCCACCGCGUCCCUGACCCAGUCAAUGCCUGGCACAGAGGAGACCUUGACAGUGUCCUUUCUCUGCCCUGCGCUGGCAUGCCCUCGGGUCACACAGGGAGACCUGAGCACAGCCCGGCUAGAGCCAGAGUCUUGGCCUAGAGACUACUGACCAACAGGAAGGAGGAGUUGGCAGUGGGAUUGUCCAAAACUUUCUGGGUUCUUCUCUGUUGGAACUGUUGCCAUGGAGACCUCCUGAGAUGCUGCAUUUACCACUGGCUUCCAAUUGAACUUCCAGAUCGAGGGCAAUUUGCAUAUUUCUGCGAAGAACCAUCCAGAAACUGAAUAACUUGUUUUCAGACUUAGAAAGGAGGCCCACAGUUGUUUCUCGAAAUCCAGGGCUGGAAAUGGCCGCAUGGAACAGAUCAAGCCGUAGGCCACCUCAGGUGGCCGAGCCAGCCAUGGAAGGGGAACCACAUCUGCCCAUGGGCCGGGAGCUGUCCGAGGCCAACCGCUUCGCCUAUGCCGCCCUCUGUGGCAUCUCUCUGUCCCAACUAUUUCCAGAACCUGAGCACAGCCCCUUCUGCACAGAGUUUAUGACAGGCCUGGUGAAGUGGCUGGAGUUGUCCGAAGCCGUCUUGCCAACCAUGACUGCUUUUGCCAGUGGCCUGGGAGGUGAAGGAGCCGAAAUGUUUGUUCAGAUUUUAUCAAAGGACCCCAUCUUGAAGGACAACCCAUUGGUGAUCACUCAGGACCUGAUGACCUUCUCUCUCAAGGAUGGGCGCUAUGAUGCCCGGGCCCGAGUCCUCAUCUGCCACAUGACGUCCCUCUUCCAAGUGCCCUUGGCAGAGCUGGAUCUCCUUGAAGAGACGUUCCUUGAGAGCCUGAAGGAAACCAAAGAGGAGGAAUCUGAAACGGCAGAGGCAUCCCGGAAGAAGAAAGAAAACCGGAGGAAAUGGAAGCGUUAUCUUUUGAUAGGCCUGGCGACUGUUGGAGGCGGGACAGUAAUCGGAGUGACUGGGGGUCUCGCUGCCCCUCUUGUGGCUGCUGGAGCUGCGACAAUCAUUGGCAGUGCUGGGGCAGCAGCCCUGGGCUCGGUGGCUGGCAUAGCUGUCAUGACCUCGCUGUUCGGUGCAGCUGGGGCUGGCCUGACAGGGUACAAGAUGAAGAAGCGCGUUGGGGCCAUCGAAGAGUUCACGUUUCUGCCUCUGACGGAAGGCAGGCAGCUGCACAUCACCAUCGCCAUCACAGGGUGGCUGGCAUCCGGCAAAUACCGCACCUUCAGCGCCCCAUGGGCUGCUCUGGCCCGCAGCCGUGAGCAGUAUUGCCUGGCCUGGGAAGCCAAGUACCUGAUGGAGCUCGGCAACGCCCUGGAGACCAUCCUCAGUGGUCUUGCCAAUAUGGUGGCCCAGGAGGCCCUAAAGUACACCGUGUUAUCUGGUAUCAUAGCUGCCCUGACCUGGCCGGCCUCACUCCUCUCUGUCGCCAAUGUCAUCGACAACCCCUGGGGCGUGUGUCUCCAUCGAUCAGCAGAGGUUGGCAAGCACCUGGCCCACAUCCUGCUCUCCCGCCAGCAGGGCCGGCGACCCGUCACGUUGAUUGGCUUCAGCCUGGGAGCCAGAGUCAUCUACUUCUGUCUGCAAGAGAUGGCUCAGGAGAAAGAUUGCCAAGGGAUCAUCGAGGAUGUCGUCCUGCUGGGUGCGCCUGUGGAAGGAGAAGCCAAGCAUUGGGAGCCUUUCCGGAAGGUGGUGUCCGGAAGGAUCGUCAAUGGCUACUGCAGAUCCUGGGCCAUCUCUCUGGAGAGAGGAAGGAGGAAGAAGAGGAGAAGGAACUAGAGAAGAGGGAAGGAGCGUAACAGACCAAAACAAUCUCUGUAGUUUCUUGCUUAAAUUAAGCACCGACCAGAAAUUCAUGCUCUUGGCUCCCGAAGGCAUGCACCUGCUUAAACAUGGAGUGAAGUGGUUCGGGGAGCUUCAGGCCAACACUACCAAACUAUGCACACUUAUCAAUUUGUAAUGUACAGUAAUAAAACUCUUUGCAAAUCCCUUCACUUACUUGGGCUUUCACGAACCCCCGGAAGCUAGCUGCAGCGAGGGGUAUUGUGCCGUGAGGAAGCUGGAGCUCAGAGGGUCAGGUGCCUCACCAAGAUCACACAGCACAGCCGGGAGCUGAACUCAGGCGGGCCUGUCUCACGCCGCAGUGAGAGGGCUUUAUUCUGAGCCCCCCAGGACUCCUCGUGGUCUCUGCUCCAGGUGCCAUGUGGGGAGGGGGUGAUGGUAGAAGGUGGAGCAAGGAGGACCCCUGCCCACAAGUGGCUCCCAGUCUGUGAGUAGACAACAGGCCAAGUGGUGGCAAAUCAAGGGAUUCGAUUAUGUGAUUCAUGUGUCAGCAUUGCCUCGAGGGCCAUUGGAGCAUGGCUUGCUGGGGCCCAGCCCAGGGAGUUCCUGAUUCAGCUCAGGAUACAGGAUGCCGGACUAAGGCACAGUCCUACCCGCAGAGAGCUCUCUGCCUAGAAAAGGAAAGAGACCCAGGGACGGACACAGAGGACAUGUGAUGAAUGUCCCAAAAGAAGCAUAUGCCAGGCACACGAGGGUGUGAAGGAGUAAUAUCAGGUGGAGAGACUCGGGGGCACACCCCAGAAGAGGUGAUACCCUUUUGAAAGGACGGAUAGGAGCCCAUCAGAGACUGGAAGGGCAGCAGAGGCCACAUGCACACGGAGUCCAGAGCAGGAAGCAUAGUCGCACCUGAUGCUUCCUGAGUGCUCACCUGUGAGCACAUACACGUGGCAUGCCACCUCGGGGCACGCUCCCGCCCACUCUGAGAGGUAAGAUACAGCGAGGAAACUGAGGCUUGGAGAAGUCAAGCAACUCGCCCAGGGUCACGCGGCAGGUAAUUGACAAGGCUGGACUUGAACAUGGCUCUGCGUGAUCCUGAGCAUGGGCUCAUGGCCCACCCCAAGCGAGAGUGGCAGGCGAAGUGCCUUGAAUGCCAGUGUAGACCCUGUGAUUUGCCCAGCAGUUUAGAGGGUAUGGGACCUUCUAAUAUACAUUCCUGUUCUGACCCUAAAUGUGUAUAAACAGGUACAGUUAACAGUGUUGUCAUAAUUAAGAUAAAUAACUUAGAAGAA